UUCUUCCCAAGAGUGACGCUCACGUUCGUCUAAAACUAAUCGUACAGGACGAAUAAAGUACAAUGAGAACCUGAGUAUUUGUGUAGUAUUUGUGUUUGAAUCGAUUCGAUUCGGUUCGAUAAGAGCGUAAUAAAAUCGAAACGUGAUAACCGAGGAAUCCAGCUGAAUGCAGCUGCUGAAGCUCGUAGGGUGGGAAUCUGUUCGAUUUGCGGCGGAGUCACUGGAAAGUGAUAGAGAAAAAUGAUUCCCAAACAAUCGAGACAAUAACAGUUUUGUUUCGACCCGCGAAUCGAACGAAUCGGGCAUUUAACGUACCGACGCGUAACGAUAAACUCUAAUAAACGUUUAAACGCCCAAAAUGGAGUGUAACAUCGACGAUUUGCCGGAUGUUCUGUUAGAAUACAUUCUAAGUCUGAUUCCACCUUACAAGGAUCUCGAGGAGUGUAAACUGGUAUCUAAGAGGUGGUUCCGUGCCACGCAAAAUGUGAUACAUCAUAAUAAAACGCACUUUCACAAAUCUGUUGCUUACGGAUCGUUGCUCUGGAGUCUGUGCCCGCCCAAGCAAUGGACGUCAACGAUCGCGAAGAGGCAUUCGCAUUCUGCGUGUACGUACGGAAACUCGAUGUACGUUUUUGGUGGAUGCACAGCUACUUGUACGACCUUCAAUGAUUUGUGGAGAUUGGACUUGGACACGAGAACUUGGGUCAGAUUGAUCACCAAAGGGACUUAUCCGUCUCCCAAAGCUUGCGCCACUAUGCUCUAUUACAAGAAAAGCUUUGUUUUAUUUGGCGGAUGGUCCCAUCCAUCGCCCUAUCCUGUACAUCAGCAAUGGAAAUUGUUCAACGAACUGCACAUGUACUCUAUAGAAAAUAACAAGUGGUUCGCUGUAAGUACCCUGGAAGCACCUCCGCCCACUUCGGCGCAUUCUGCGUCGAUCCACAACAAUCGUAUGAUCGUUUUCGGAGGUAUAUGUAACGGGUAUAGAUCCAAUGACGUGUGGUGUUUGAACUUGGACUCGUACAGUUGGUACAAGCAAGCCACUUCGAACGUGAAGCCGCAACCGCGUUAUGGUCAGUCUCAGAUCGAGCUCGGGGAGAAACAUCUCCUAGUGCUUGGAGGUUGCACCGGGCCUAAUGCGGCCAUGAACGAUGCUUGGCUAUUGAAAAUGGAAGGCGCGACCUGGACUUGGAAGAAAGUAAAUAUGCACAACACCGAAUGGGCACCGACGCGUAUUUGGUGUCACCAAGCUUGUAAGGUGGGCAACUACGUCAUCGUCCUUAGCAUAAACAAAUGUCAGAAUAAGCCGAACGAUAUGAGCAUAUCGCUGAAGAAAGUCACUUGUCAAGCCGCAUCUUCGCCAAGGGAGAGCGAUUCGUCCCCUUUAUACGUUCGGCGAGGAAACCUGUCUACCGUAGAUAGAGAUGUGAACAUCAAUGGUCGGCACGGGUCUUUCUCGGAGGUAUCUGCGCCGAGUCCACGGCCAUCGCCUCAACGUCCGAACUUUACGAAGAACUUGCCGUUCUGCUAUGAUAAUGUAUUGAGUAUGGCCGCUUUUCGCGACGAACCCGUGCGCAAUAGCGGCAGUAACAGUCAUCGACAACGUCAACUGGAGUCGCUCCGUAGAAUGGAGGAGAGUAUUAGGAAUCGAAGAACGCAAUCAAAAGCGGCGAAGAAGCCGAAAAACACGUUGUCCAUAUUCGUGUUGGAUAUCGGGAACGUCCUGUGCGAUGAGUGCAGUGCCUCGUGGAUUCCUUUGAAGCACGACGGUCAGUCGGGUCCCAACGAAAGAAUACUUUACUCGCUCGUGGCCGGUCGCGGAGAAUUAAUAGUAUUCGGAGGCAUCGGUAAAGAGCAAACGACUGUGCAAAACCAUCCUAACGUGGACGAGCCCGAGGUGUAUAACGAUCUACAUUUCAUAAAUCCUCCGAGAUACAUUAUUUAAUGUCCCCGCAACGGAGACACGGAUGAGUAUCAGCUUCUCCAUUCAUCGUUUAAUUAAAGUAAAAGUUAUAAUUACGAUAUAAAAGUACUGUAAAAAUAUUUUGUGAUACACGCAUAGGUUUCGCUCGUUUACGCACUUCCUCGAAUGAAGUCGAGAUUUUUUUCCGUUGACGAGGAACGACGAUCGUUAGCUCGACGAAUGUACAUUAAUGUACUCGCCGCCUGAUUUUAUUACAAUUCUGUUAUUUACAUAUUUUCUUUCACGCGUUUCGCUUACGUGUUAAUCAUCUUCGGCCUCGGCUGUUUUCAGACUACCGAACACUUGCGACGGUAUAGUUUGUUUCUCGACAGGUAUGUCUGAAAGUAUGAAAGCACGGGUUCAGAGACAUGAGAGAAAAUAUCUGUUUGCUGCUGCUGCUGAACUGUCCAAAUUUCUAAGCCGCGUUACACGCGACGGAACGUAAUAAAAAUCUGAAUGUGUCUGUCCUAAAA